UUCAUUUAUCUACUCCCACCAUUCCUAAAUACUUAUAUCUUUAUUAAAAAUAUUAAUAAUGAAUAGGGCAUUUUGUUAUAUAUAAUACAACUUUGAUUGAAGAUCACAAGAGUCAAAAAAAAUUUUUAUUUUUUUAAAUUUUGUAUCAAGUUUUUUUUUUUAAACGGAGGGAGGGAGUAUAUAACUAUAUUAUAUGUUCUUCUAAUCCUCUUCCAUUUACUAAGCCUGUUUUCCAUAGUAAUAAUGUCUUGUGCCAUUGUUGAAAAAACACUUUAUCUAAUUCAAUCAAAUGAUCCAAUUUUGAAAUUGCAAGGUGCUAAGGAUAUUCGCUGGCUGACAAAGAGUUCUCUGCGUUACCGACGUCAUUUUAACGAAGCUGUAAAACCGCUUGUUGAUAUGCUAAGUAAUUCGGAGUCGUUUGAAUUCAUUGAAGCUGCUUUCCUUGCUUUGCUCAAUCUCUCUGUUAAAGAUGAAGGAAACAAGAAAAGUAUCAUAGAUGCUGGUGCCUUGGAACCCAUCAUAGGCUUUCUUCAAUCAGAGAAUGCAAGUCUAAAGGAGCAUGCAACUGCUUCAUUACUCACAUUAUCAGCAUCUUCUGUCACGAAACAGAUCCUUACUUCUUUUGGUGUCAUCCCUCUACUAGUGGAUAUUCUAAGACGCGGGAGCCCACGAGCCAUGGUUGAUUCUAUAAUUACUCUAUACAAUCUUUCAACUUCUCAAGGCAAUUUAACAUUGAUCCUUCAAUCAGACCCAAUUCCUUGUAUAGUUGCUCUGCUUAAAUCUUGUAAGAAGUCGUCAAAAACUGCCAGAAAAUGUACUGCUCUCCUAGAAUCUUUAAUGUCCUAUGAGGAGUGUAGGCAAGCGUUGACAUCUGAAGAAGGGGGGAUACUUGCAAUAGUGGAAGUCCUUGAAAUCGGAUCCUUACAAAGCCGAGAACAUGCAGUAGGAGCUUUAUUGAAAAUGUGUCAAAGUGAUCGAUGUAAAUACCGGUUACUAAUUCUCAGAGAAGGUGCAAUUCCUGGACUUCUUGAGCUGACUGUUAAAGGGACAGCAAAGUCCAAAGAAAAAUCACAAACACUUUUAAGAUUGCUGAGAGAUACUACUCCUUCUGAAAGGUCUCAACUUCAACCCGAUACAUUGGAGAACAUUGUUUCCAAUCUUAUAUCUCAGAUAGAUGGCAGCAAGGAGCAAACUGGAAAAGCGCGUGGUUUGCUUGCUGAAGUGAUACAAGUUAGUAUGGAUCAAAGAUUGAGACUUUUACCCCAAAGGCCAAUGGGAUAUAUGUACUCCGAUUGAUUGAUCUGUAUAUAACAAUUGUCCCUUUGUUUUUCUUUUUCCAA